AUGAGGGCAAAAAGUAGCUCGCGAGUCCCAGGAGCAAACUACAAUGCGACUAUCACAGGUCACUCAACGCAGCGCCCUCACGCAGGCCUCGUAGUCACAAGAGGAGCGUGCCACCUGCUUGGCUGGGAAAGCUGCCCACAGGGCUUCGUUGCGAUCAAGGCUCAAGAAUGCAUAACGGUAGAGAAUGAACGCACAGGCUGCAGAGCCGCCUCUGCAUCUCGGGCUUCCGAGAUUCAUCAUCAAAGGCUUCUUCGUAACGUAAGAAACGCUGCUGCCACUGCGAAAUCAAGGGCAAUAGAGAUACUUGACCGCAGGCACACCCGUCAAUCCAGGGACACUGCUGCAACAGCGACCGCUAGGGCUGCUGAGACUCUCCUCCUUAGGUCUGUUCGAAAUGCCAGAAAUGCUGCCACCAAUGCCAGGUCGAGGGCAGCUGAAAUAUUUGACCACAGACGCGCCCGUCAAUCCAGGGACGCUGCUGCAACAGCUAAGUCGAGGGAGUCCGAGACAGAGCUGCAGCGGGCAACCCGCAGUCCCGCAAUGCUGCAGCGACUUCUGCUGCUAGAAACUCCGAGGGCCCACAGACAAAGGCAAACAGACAUUCAAGGGCUGCUACAAACAUUGCGUGCUGUUACCUGUCCCAGUAGCUCUUUUUGGUUUUUCUUGGCUUUCAUUUACGACCCCGGCAUUAACUUAAUUACGCGUGAUGACAUCAAUAUAGGAUCCAUGACCUGCGUUUGCCAAUUCUGCAACGCCUGCAAAUGGGCCGGGGAGCCUGCCGGUCUCUGCUGUUCCUCCGGCAAAGUUAGACUGCCACCUCUGCAUGAACCACCAACCCCGCUGAGGGGACUAAUAGCUGGCUCCCAUCCCGAUUCCAACCACUUCCUUAAAACAAUUAAGCAAUACAACAACAACUUUCAAAUGACUUCAUUUGGGGCUCAGGUGGUUCGAGAAGAGAGUUGGAUGCCCACUUUCAAAGUACAGGGGCAGGUAUACCACCGCAUUGGAAACCUCUACGCCUAA